AUACCCCCGAGACUGUCCACCAUGGUUGUGCCUAUUCUCUGCCUCCUAUGGGCCAUAGCAACAGCAGUGCGACCUGCCCCAGUGGCCCCUCUCGGUGGUCCAGAGCCGGCCCAAUAUGAAGAGUUGACCCUGCUCUUUCACGGGGCCCUACAGCUAGGUCAGGCCCUCAAUGGUGUGUACAAAGCCACGGAAGCUCGCCUGACAGAAGCUGGGCGCAACCUGGGCCUUUUUGACCAAGCACUGGAAUUUCUGGGAAGAGAGGUCAAUCAGGGCCGGGAUGCAACACGGGAGCUUCGCACCAGCUUGUCGGAGAUUCAGGCAGAAGAGGACACUUUACACCUUCGAGCAGAAGCCACAGCCCGAUCGCUGAGGGAAGUGGCCCGGGCCCAGCAUGCUCUGCGGAACAGUGUACGGAGACUACAAGUGCAGCUGAGAGGUGCCUGGCUAGGCCAAGCCCACCAAGAAUUUGAGAAUUUAAAGGAUCGAGCCGAUAAGCAGAACCACCUCUUGUGGGCUCUCACUGGCCACGUGCAGCGACAGCAGCGUGAGAUGGCAGAGCAGCAACAGUGGCUGCGGCAGAUCCAGCAGAGACUCCACAUGGCAGCCCUCCCAGCCUGAGACUACCUGGAUGCCACUGAGGACCAGUUGUGCUGCAGGGAACACUGAAUGCGCUCCACCGGGCCUAUCUAUGAGCAGGGCCGACAGAGCUGGCUGCCCAUCAGCUAGACUUGGCCGGUGCACCCCGCUUCCUGGCAGAGCAGAGACAGAAGCAAGCAGGCGGGAUGGAAGGCAGAAGACAGCCCCGUGGAGAAGGCUGGAGAAGGACAUGAGCUCCCUUAUGCCCCACACCCCACAAUAAAAAAGAGGCAAUCUAUAAA